UUACGAACACUGAUUUUCUCACAGCUGUGCGGUCGCAUUUUAUCUGUCCCUGGAAAAUAGCUCGUUUUGAUUUCGUACUCGUUUUCCGUUUUCCGAAUUUCGUCAACGUUUCUGCGCGCCGAAGCCACCAAAUCCGAACUCCUUGACCGCAGUGCCAUGUCCACUAGCGAAGCGCCGGACGCGCUGAUUGAGCAGGUGGUCGAAGUCACCGCUUGCACGUCGGAGGAGGCCAAGCAUUAUUUGGGGGCCUGUGCCAACGAUGUCGCCGCUGCUGUGGCGCUUUUCUUCGAGCAGGGAGGCGCUGCAGCAGCGGCCUCCACAUCUUCUGCAGCGGCCACCGCUGCACCUUCGCUUCCCCUGCUGGAUGACGACGAUGAGGUGCGUGCUCCUAUCGCUCCGGUUCGGGAACAACUCAUUCUGCCGGAGGACGACAACUUCUUUGCGUCUGGGAGCAGCAGCCGCCUAUCACGGGUCACGCAGCGUGUUAAAGUGUGUCCCCUGCGGGAUUUCGCCAGGGAGGCUGCCCUUAUGGAGGAGCAGCUGCAGGCCACCGGCGUCUAUGCUGAUCCCAGUGCUCAUCGACGUCGGCGGGAGCGCUCUGCGCAGAUGCUGGUGGCCGGCCAGGCCGUGGCACUCAACAGUCGCUCCACAGCGGCCACAGCUACUAGCACAUCCCGCCUCGGAGACCUGUUCCGCCCGCCCACAGAUAUACUUUACUCCGGAACGCUGACGGCGGCCAGGGAGUUCGCCACAAAGCGACAGCGCUGGCUGCUGGUGAACGUGCAGGGCGAUAACUUCCAGUCGCAGACCAUGAACCGCGACGUGUGGUCGGACAAGGACCUUAAGAAGCUGGUGAGACGUCAAUUCACCUUCUGGCAGGUGGACAAUGACACGUCAGAAGGCCGGCGUUUCGUGGCCUUCUAUCACUGCGCCACUCUGCCCUAUCUGUGCGUUAUCGAUCCCCGAACUGGGGAGGAAGUCUGGCGCAGUCCGGAGCCAAAGCAGGAGAAUGUCCUGCCCGACUUGAGGCAGUUCCUGAAGGAGCAUCGUGAUUUUAUAGCCGAGGAUGCGCCCAGCACCUCAAAGCGAUCAGCCGUACACAUUUAUGAUGAUGACGAUCAAGGCGAUCCGGAGGCCUCGUGCUCCUCGACGGCCAGCUCGAGGGGAACGCCAAAGAAGCGAGCCAAGGUGCUGGAGCUCACCGAGGAGGAGCAGCUGGAGCUGGCCAUUAAGAAUUCCAUGAACGAAAACGGUGGCGGCGGCUCCAAGACCGAUGAUAAUAAUACAGAAGGAGGCAGCGAUAAUGAGAGCCUUGAGGAGUUCGACGACGAGGAGCUCAAGGGCGUCGUGGCCGCCUCGUAUGAGAAUCAGUUGGGCGAGGCAAAGGACGAGCUGACUGCCCUCAAGCUGCGUCUGCUCAAUGUCGCCGGAACCGAAGAAAUGGUCCAGCUGCGCUGGCCCUCGGACACAAAGCUGUCAACGCUGCGUCUGUACAUCCGCCAAACGCACAAGCACAUCCCCCACGAAGGCUACAAGCUCAUCUGCGCCUUCCCUCGCAAAUCCCUAGAGGCGGAGCACAACGACAGCUCGCUCAAGGAACUCGGCCUGCAUCCGUCGGCCAAUCUGCAUCUCACGCUGGAUGACUAGGAGACACCACAUCCAGACCAUGUUGGUCUCACACAUAAGUUUGCGUACAUAUUUAUUGCAAGUUCGUCUUUCGUAUUUGUCAAUCCACAAAAAAUCCCGCCCCCCACAGUAACAAAAAGCAAGAAAAAUCCAUAAAAAUUAACAAGCUGUCUUUAAAUUUAA